CCCAAACUCAUACCUCGAAGUCCCCCAUGUUCGGGUCUGACGGCGGGUCUUCGCAGGCGAUGUGAACUUCGUCUUUUUUGAGAAAUUUUAGUGUGCUAUAUGACAGAAACUACAGAGGAAAUAAUUUAUGGGGAUGGGAAUUAUGGGGAACAAAAGGUAAAGCGACUCAAAUCUGUAAAAGAUGAAGGUAUGACAUCCAGUAACAAUGAUGACGUAGACACCAUUUAUGGUGCGCUGGUGGUUCUAGGUUACAAUGGUUCUCUGCUGGAUGGAGAACGCAAGCGCCGUCACCGAACCUCAUUUAUUUUGCGAAAGAAAGGAUCCCCCUCAGGAGUGCAACCCUACAAAUUGCACCUGGCUUCUUCUAACACUGGAAUGCAGAUUGUAAAUUCGGAAGCCCAUAGUGUGUCUUACACUCUUUCGCGUGGCAAUGCAGUUGUUGUUGAGUACCGGAGGGAUUCCGAUACUGAUAUGUUUCAGAUUGGCCGUUCUGCUGAUUCUAAAAUAGACUUUGUGGUGACUGACACAGCUCCUGGAAAUAAACGUUCAGAUUUGAACCCAGACACACAGAAGAGCACUAUCUCCAGAUAUGCUUGUCGCAUUGUUGUCGAUAGAGAACCACCUUAUACCGCCAGGGUGUUUGCAGCUGGUUUUGAUAAAUCUAGUAAUAUAUUUUUAGGAGAAAAAGCCCCCAAGUGGCAAAAUGAAGAGAAUUUGAUGGAUGGUCUGACCACCAAUGGCAUUCUUCUAAUGAAUCCCAAGGGUGGUCCUUCUUGUCAGCCCACAAUAUGGCGUGAAAUAUCAGUAUGUGGGAAUGUAUAUGGACUUCGUAGAACACGGUCGACCACUGAGAAAGGGAAGACUGUUGAAGAUGAGUCCAAUGUUUUACUUGAUGGGUCAUUGAUUGAUCUCUGUGGAGCUGUGUUACUAUGGAGAUCAGCUGAAGCUAUAAAGGAAAUGCCUACCUUGGAAACAAUUGACAAAAUGAGGGAGUGCCUAAAUGCUUCUCGCCCUCAGUGUCCUGUGGGUCUCACGACGUUAAGAUUUCCGAGUCAAUCAGAGGUAUGUGCCGCUGACUCUUGGAAAAGAACCUGCAUUCUAUCAGGGAGAGCCUGCUGCUACACAUGCUUUUGUACCUUGUGGACAUGUUUGCUCGGAGGAAACAGUAAGGUUUUGGUAACAACUUCCCAUUCCUCAUGGAUGUGAUGCUUUUCAAGCCAUAUGCCCAUUCUGUGCUCAGCCUCUGGAGAGUGAAGACGGCUUUGUCAAAUUGAUCUUCUCGACUGACGAAUAACAUUGUAAAUAAAAGAUCUAUAAAAAAGUAUAACAAUAAAUGGUGUACAGCCUCACUGCAGCAAUUGGCUUUUAAUGACAGCAGCUGGCCUGAGUUGAUAACUGAUUAACUUAUUUAUAAAAAAUGCUGAACGUGUAUUAUUGUAAUUAUUAUUAUUAUUGAAACUUGUUAGAUGUCUCUUUUCUGUUUACACUCUGCUAAUAUUUUCGAAGAAGUCGUAUUUUAAAGCCACUAAUUAGAUGUGUAAUUAAGGUCGUAUACCUCUUUGCAAUAAAAUGUGGUCUGAGGUGAA